GGGCUAGAACGGCUUCCGGGGCGCGCGCCUCCCCUCGACCCCCUAUUUUGCGGCGCGCGCCCUGCUGUUGGUUGCUCGAGCUGCCCGGAGUGUGCGCCGGACGCCCCUUCCGAGCGGAGGGCCGGCGGCCGGGCGGACGACCGGCUGAGUGUGGAGGGUAGAGGGUUGGGCCCUUGCCCUCGUGACGUCCGGGGCAGCGGUGGCCUAGGUCUGCGGAGAAACGUAGCGGCUUUGCGGUCUGGCUUGCGGCUCCGCUCCUCCGUGAGGCGGACAGGAUUGCUCGUACUAACUGAAGAAUGCUGUUACUUAAGCGAGGCCCAUGUACUGGAAUGUUAGAAGUCUUAAGAACUCAGGACAAGCAGCAGACAUACAUGCAACAUGGUGACUGGAACCCUAAGGACUCUGCAAUAUGAAUAAUUCUCUAGAGAACACCAUCUCAUUUGAAGAGUACAUCCGAGUAAAGGCGAGGUCUGUCCCGCAACACAGGAUGAAGGAAUUUCUGGACUCACUGGCUUCUAAGGGACCAGAAGCUCUUCAGGAGUUCCAGCAGACUGCCACUACCACCAUGGUGUACCAGCAGGGUGGGAACUGCAUUUAUACAGACAGCACAGAAGUGGCUGGGUCUUUGCUUGAACUUGCUUGUCCAGUCACAACCAGUGUUCAACCACAAACUCAGCAAGAACAGCAGAUCCAGGUUCAGCAGCCACAGCAGGUUCAGGUACAGGUGCAGGUACAGCAGUCUCCACAACAGGUCUCAGCUCAGCAACUUUCCCCGCAGUUCACCGUUCACCAGCCUACUGAGCAACCCAUCCAGGUCCAGGUGCAGAUCCAGGGUCAAGCACCACAGUCUGCAGCCCCCUCCAUCCAGACUCCAUCUCUGCAGAGCCCCAGCCCCUCGCAGCUGCAAGCAGCCCAGAUCCAGGUGCAGCACGUGCAGGCAGCCCAGCAGAUCCAGGCUGCAGAAAUCCCAGAGGAGCAUAUCCCACAUCAACAAAUCCAGGCUCAGUUGGUGGCUGGCCAAUCUCUUGCUGGGGGCCAGCAGAUUCAAAUUCAGACUGUGGGUGCUCUUUCCCCACCACCAUCCCAGCAGGGCUCACCCAGGGAAGGGGAACGGAGGGUUGGCACAGCCAGUGUCCUUCAGCCGGUGAAGAAACGCAAAGUGGACAUGCCCAUCACCGUGUCCUACGCCAUCUCAGGGCAGCCAGUGGCCACCGUGCUGGCCAUUCCACAAGGCCAGCAACAGAGUUAUGUGUCUUUGAGGCCAGACUUACUGACAGUAGACAGUGCCCACCUGUACAGUGCCACUGGGACCAUAACUAGCCCUACAGGAGAAACUUGGACCAUCCCUGUUUAUUCUGCCCAGCCCCGGGGGGACCCUCAGCAGCAGAGCAUUACCCACAUUGCCAUUCCCCAGGAAGCCUACAACGCGGUUCAUGUCAGUGGCUCACCCACGGCCCUGGCAGCUGUAAAGCUGGAGGAUGACAAGGAGAAGAUGGUGGGCACCACAUCUGUAGUGAAAAACUCCCAUGAAGAGGUAGUGCAGACCCUUGCAAACUCUCUCUUUCCAGCACAGUUCAUGAAUGGCAACAUCCACAUUCCAGUGGCUGUGCAGGCUGUAGCAGGCACAUACCAGAAUACGGCUCAGACUGUACAUAUAUGGGACCCACAGCAGCAGCCACAACAGCAAACUGCACAAGAACAGACACCACCACCACAGCAGCAGCAGCAGCAGCUGCAGGUCACUUGUUCAGCACAGACUGUUCAGGUUGCUGAAGUUGAGCCACAGUCACAACCACAGCCUUCACCAGAGCUUUUGCUUCCAAAUUCUUUGAAGCCAGAAGAAGGGCUUGAAGUAUGGAAAAACUGGGCUCAGACCAAGAAUGCUGAACUAGAAAAGGAUGCUCAAAACAGAUUGGCCCCUAUUGGGAGGCGCCAGUUACUACGAUUCCAAGAAGAUCUCAUCUCCUCUGCUGUGGCUGAAUUGAAUUAUGGCCUUUGUUUAAUGACACGAGAAGCUCGGAAUGGAGAAGGGGAACCCUAUGACCCAGAUGUACUCUACUACAUUUUCUUGUGUAUACAGAAGUAUCUUUUUGAAAAUGGAAGAGUAGAUGACAUAUUUUCUGAUCUUUAUUAUGUUCGUUUCACCGAAUGGUUACAUGAAGUUCUGAAGGAUGUACAGCCCCGGGUCACUCCACUUGGCUAUGUUCUGCCCAGCCACGUGACUGAAGAGAUGCUGUGGGAAUGCAAGCAGCUUGGGGCACAUUCCCCUUCCACACUGCUGACCACCCUCAUGUUCUUUAACACCAAGUACUUCCUGUUGAAGACAGUAGAUCAGCACAUGAAGCUGGCUUUCUCCAAGGUCCUCCGACAGACAAAGAAGAGCCCCUCAAAUCCUAAGGAUAAAAGCACGAGUAUCCGCUACCUGAAGGCCCUUGGAAUACAUCAGACUGGCCAGAAAGUUACAGAUGACAUGUAUGCAGAACAGACCGAAAAUCCAGAGAACCCAUUAAGGUGUCCCAUCAAGCUCUACGAUUUCUACCUCUUCAAAUGCCCCCAGAGUGUGAAAGGCCGAAAUGACACCUUUUACCUGACACCUGAGCCAGUUGUAGCUCCCAACAGCCCAAUCUGGUACUCAGUCCAGCCUAUCAGCAGAGAACAGAUGGGACAGAUGCUGACCCGGAUCCUGGUUAUACGAGAAAUUCAAGAAGCCAUUGCCGUGGCCAACGCAACCACCAUGCACUGAGGUGCCUCAGCCACAGGAAAAAUCCAGGAAAAACCAGACAGACUUUUACACUAAAGGAGAGGCCUCCAUUUUUUCCUUUUCUUUUUUCUUUUUUUUUUUCCUUUUUUUUUUUUUUUAAUUUGUAGUCACCAUACUUUUCAGGCUACUUCUGUUAAAAAUGUAAAAGACAAUGUUGCCCUCUUUGCAUCUUCAUAAACUGGGACAGACCCCUGGUUCAUGGGGAUCUGGGUUUUCUGAGAACCUAGGAAGUGGUUGGCUUUUUCCUUUCUCUUUUUUUCUUUUGUCUGGGGCAUGGGGAAAGGGACUUGGACUGUAUGAAGAAAUAUAGGCCCUUCCCUUCCUCAAGGAAGAUGGAGCUGCUGAUGAAUCAACCCUCCUGGAAAUCUCCAGCCGACUCUCUCUCUGGACCUGCAAACUUUACUGACCACUCAGAGCCACAAUUUUUUUUUUUUAAUGCUCCAACAUAAACUUAGCAUCUUGAUGGAAGAAAAAUGAGGGGAACUUUAAUUAUGAUUUUUAUUAAAGACAAUUUCUAUUACACCCUUCUUUAUGACAAGUGACAUAGAUGUUAAAGUAAAAACUUUACCAUGCUUUUUUUUUUUUUUUUUUUUUUUUGGCCUAACAUUGAGGCCUUAAAACUGAGGCUCCUGUGCCUGAUGGAAUUCUUGUAACAUACACUUGUGUAUCAUAUAAAGAUACCACUCUUUCUCUUAUGUAUUCUUAUUCUAGUUGUUUAUUAAGAAUGACAAGCACGUCUUUUCAACAA